CUGCAUGUUGUAGAGUAUUGGAUGGAAAUAACAAAUUUGUUGUUGCUAUUGCGAGGUUGCAUGGCAAUUUACAGUUUGAGGAGGAGCGCAUAGUGAUAGGUGAUCCUUUGACCAAAACGGUUUCAUGUAGUUGUGAGAUGUUUAAUAGGACAGGAGUCUUGUGUGCACAUGGUCUAAAAGUGCUUGAUUUGAUGAACAUAAAGACAUUGCCAGCACAUUAUGUCUUGAAGAGGUGGACUAGAGAAGCUCGCAAUGGAAGUAUACAAGAUAGACAAGGAAGGAAUGUGGUAGAAAAUCCAAAAAUGGAAGCUGAACUUCGAUACAAGGAUUUGUCUCAUAAAUUUCACAAAAUGGCACAAGAAGCAGCCAACUCUCCACAAUGUUGUAUUCUAUUGGAUAAAGCACUUGAUUCCGUCGCUCCGCAUAUACAUGAUUUACUCAAUGCAUCCACUAGUGCCAUGAAUGAACUAUGUAAAGAUAAAGAGAAUGUUGACCCAAAUGUGCAGCAAGUAGAUGAGUUGCUUAGAUCUGCAUGGCUGAAGAAAAAAGAGGUUCAGUCAAAGAACUUAAGGAGAAAGAAAAAUUGGCUUGAUAAGUUACUCAAGGGGAAGCACAGAGUAACUAAAGGACCAACAAAACAGGGAGAAAAGCCACAAAGGAAGAAGGAUGGUGUGCAACAAAAGAAAAAAGAUUGUGUGCAGCCUCAAGUAGAAGUGGAGAAGUAUGACAACAACAAAGAAGUUAAUUUGGUGCUUCAAGAGUGCAAUAAUAUUAUGAGUUUCACCCAGCUCUUGACGACUGACCAUGAUAAUCUGUUCUAGCAUGGAAGCUCCUUAGAUAAUAUUUUGUACAUGGUGGGGAUGAUGAUGAUUAUCUGUUCUAGCAUGGAACUUGUUAGAUAGUAUUUU